AUGGCCCAGACCCAAACUCAGGCCCCUUCCAAUGCCACGUUCAGAGACAAGGAGAAACCUCAAGAAGUGAGGAAAAGCAAUAUUCUUGCCGCCAGAGCUGUCAGCGAUGCCAUCAGAACCUCUUUGGGCCCCAAAGGAAUGGACAAAAUGAUCAAGACAAAGGACGGCAAGAUCAUCAUCUCCAAUGAUGGUGCUACAAUCCUAAAACACAUGGCCAUUUUGCACCCUGCCGCCAGAAUGUUGGUCAAUGUCAGUGCUGCCCAAGAUAUCGAAGCCGGCGACGGAACUACCAGUGUUGCUAUCUUGGCAGGAUCCUUGUUGGGAGCUGCGGAGAAAUUGUUGAAUAAGGGCAUCCAUCCAACCUUGAUUGGAGAGUCUUUCCAGAGAGCGGCAGCACGUGUCUGCCAGGUUUAUUUGGACAUGUCCCACAAAAUCACGUUAGACGACAGAGACAUCUUGAUCAAAGCGGCAAACACAUCUUUGUCUUCGAAGAUUGUGUCGCAGCAUUCGCUGUUGUUGUCACCUUUGUCUGUCGAUUCUGUCUUAAAAGUCAUGAAUGAAGCACAGGACAAUGUGGAUUUGAACGACAUCAGGCUCAUCAAGAAAGUCGGUGGUACAAUUGACGACACCGAGCUUGUGGAUGGCGUGGUAUUGACACAAAAUGUGUUGAAGUCGGCGGGCGGACCUACGAGAACCGAAAAGGCAAAAAUCGGACUUGUCCAAUUCCAAUUGUCCCCUCCAAAGCCAGACAUGGAAAACAACGUCGUUGUUAAUGACUACAGACAGAUGGACAAGAUUCUCAAGGAGGAGCGUGCGUACUUGUUGAACAUUUGCAAGAAGAUCAAAAAGGCAAAGUGUAAUGUGUUGUUGAUCCAAAAGUCCAUUUUGAGAGAUGCUGUCAACGACUUGGCAUUGCACUUCUUGGCCAAAUUGAACAUUAUGGUUAUCAAAGACAUCGAAAGAGAUGAGGUGGAAUUUUUAACAAAGGCUAUCGGAUGUAAGCCAAUUGCUGAUGUUGAAAACUUUACUGAGGACAGAUUGGGAUCUGCUGAUUUGGUUGAAGAAUUCGAAUCAUCAGGCUCGAAAAUCGUCAAGAUCACGGGUGUCCACUCGAAAUUCACUAAGCCCACCGUGUCUGUUGUCGUAAGAGGCGCCAACAAUCUUGUUUUGGAUGAGACUGAAAGAUCGAUCCACGAUGCCCUUUGCGUCAUCAGAUGCUUGGUUAAGGAAAAGGCUAUGAUUGCUGGAGGCGGUGCACCAGAGGUUGAAGCUUCUCGUGUUUUGAUCAAGGAGGCUACUCAGUUAAGUGGAGUGGAACAUUUUGUGUACCAAGAAUUUGCGCAAGCUUUGGAAGUAAUUCCUACAACAUUGGCUGAAAACGCCGGAUUAAACCCUAUAAACGUCGUGACCGACUUGAGAAACAGGCAUGAGAUGGGUGAAAAGAACGCCGGUAUCUCUGUGCGCAGAUCGGGUGCUACAAACACCUUUACAGAAAACGUCUUGCAACCUGUCUUGGUCAGUACCAGUGCUAUUACGUUGGCUGCCGAGACAGUCAAAUCCAUUUUGCGUAUUGACGACAUCACUUUCAGUCGCUAG